UUAGUCACAUUGUACUGCUAUUAUUUUGAACAAUACUGUAUGUCUUUUUGUUGAAGUAGCAAAUUUUUUUUUAAAGGGAUCAUGUGAAAAAAAAAAAAAGUAAAUUUCCUUGAUCUUUCAAACAACCAAAUUGGAAGACCAUUUUAAAAAUGAACAUUUGUACUAUGUUUAUGCUCUGUCUUAACAGUGGCUUUGGUUGUGAUGAAUGAAUGUUGGAGAAGCCAGCCUGGAAAACACAUGACUGGAUAAGCAGUCAGUGUGGCACGAGUCCGUGUUCUUUCUAAUUCAUUAGUAGUGGUCAAGUAGAGCAUCAAAAGGCCAGGUGCGUGCAGGGAUAGUUUAGGUUUAACACUAAUCAGACAGUUAGAGAUAAGACUGAUUUACAGACCACCCACCUUCUUCCAGUAAUCCCAGCAUUUCAGUCUAUCCACAGUUUUUGUCUCCGUUUAUUUGCUUACAAAUCAUUACUCUAAAAAAAAAAAAAAAAAAAAACACCAAUUAAAUCUAGUAUAUAGCUUGUAAAUGUUGAUUCUUAAUACCUGGUGAAAGCUAUAUUUUAGCAUUUCCUAACAAAGUUUGAGCCAUUUUUCAAAAACAUUCUACCAUACUGUUACUAUUUCUGCUAUAUUUGUCUUCCGUUUCCAAUGUGAUGAAUGAUUUGGAAAUACCAGGUAUUGAACCGUUUUUGUCAAUACAGUCUGGUUGUUGACUGAUUAUUUGAUCAGACUGACAAAGGUAUAGAGAUGUUUUAUACAAAAUGGAAAGUGCACAGUAUAUAUACUACAGAACUAGUAGCAGUAAUAUAUAAAAAUAGUAUGGAAAUAAGAUACACUGUAAAAAAAAUAAAAAAAGGAUAAUGUCCUGACAGAAAAUUAAUGGUGCAUUUUCCGUUAAGUUUAUGGACAUACCUUCCAAUCCUCAAACACAACACAACAUAUUUCAGUGUAAUUAAAAAACAACAAAAACAAACACUAAAACCCUGUGAAAAAUCACAAGCGCAAAUCCCUUCAUAUUAACAGUUCAUUAGGCUGUAGUUUUACAAACCCUUCUACUUUACUGUACCUGUGGUGGUUCAUUUUUAAGGACAGACACUAAGCCACCUCUACAGUAAUUGUAUUGCGUCAGUUAAACCAAUGUGCGAGCACAAGGGAUACAAAAUCCUGUCUUAGUCUUAGCCGUGCAAGUCACAGACGACCACAGCUAAAACAAAAUCUUGUUUAGAAUUCAUUAUUUCUAAAAAUGCCCUUGAAUUGAAUCUGAUAAAUCACACCUUUCUCUGUGAGUCAAGUCUUUAGAGGGCAGGGUUUUGGAAACAAGGUGCAUGUUUGCAGGUCUAUUUCAGUGGCUACGGUUGUUAGCUACCGUUCACAGAUGUAAAUCUGUAUUGUAAAUAUAAGUGUAGGCACUUGGUAUCAUUUGUUCUGUCUGGCAAAGGUUUCAGAGUACUGGAAUGACAAUAAGGUCAUGUAGUUUACUUGUUUAUUACCUUGUAACCUGACAGGUGGUCACGUGUUUGGGUGAGACGUGAUUACAAAAGCAUUAAAUUAAUAUGCCUCCACUGAGAACUUUUAUAUUGGGUUCAGGUUAUUUUGGUGCAUGGAAAUCUGGCAAAUCACCUUUUCUGCAUUUUCUCCUUCUCUCCUCAUUCCCUGCACGUGUCUUUUUGGUUAGCACACUUGGUUAACUCCAGUUACUUCUUAAUUAGCUGCUUUACAGGAUUACUAAACAAGAUUAGAAGAAGGGAAAAAAGGAAAAUCCCUUCCAUCUGCCUACCUACCAGAGGAUUGCCACAGUUUUACACCUGCGCUCAUCUUUGGCAAUCUGGAUAGCACUUCAUAACAACAAUAUACUGUGGUAACUAUCAGUGGAUACGGUGUAACAGGUAUGCACAGGUGUGGGAAGGUUUGGUCACAUCGUCGGCAGUGAAGGCUAUUUUACAAAAGCUUAAUUUUCAAGUCAGAGGAAGUCACUAUGUGGAAGCUCACAUGGACCAGCGUCCUGUGUUGUUUAGGCUGUAUUUUUGCAGUAGGCCAGCUGGAUAUUUCUGCAGGGGAGGUUGACUGGAUUCCCAUGCUUGGAAAUCCAGAUAAGCAUUCACAAAGAUUGUUUCAAAUGUUUGUCGAAAAGCCUGGAGACCAUGGACUAUUGCCAAGGCAUAAGCGUAAUGUUUUUCUGUCCAGUGGAGUACGCCACUGCAGUCGAGAAACAGUGCAGCAAGCCAUCACUGACCACCUCAAAUACUACCAGCUCAGAGUGUGUCAGGAAAUUGUGUGGGGGGCUUUCAAAAUCUUCUUGGACCGCCUCCCCAAUCAAGAAGAAUACAAGAGCUGGAUGAGCCAGUGCCAGACAGAAAGAGUCUCCAUACAGGAGAUUGGCGCUGCCUUUAGCCAAUCAGAAGAACACUUAGCACUUAUCCACAGAAGACUUGCGCAGACGAGACUGAAAAGUAAGACACCUACAUACUCAGUAUGCAGCAGUACUGAGGAGUCUUCCCAAGAGCAAGACCGUGUGCCAACAGGUGAUGAGCUUCCAGCAGAGACCACUGUGAUGGUGAUCACUGCAGUUCCAGAUGAGGUUAUCUCAGAGAGCAUGAAAGAAGUUACUGCAGAAGCCACAUCUGCUGUCAUGAUAAUGGAGAUGGAUACUGAGUUCACUAAUGAGAUUGAGCAGGAAGCAGCUGCUUUGCCUUCAGGUCCUCUGGUUGAGCAGAGGGUGGAGUUGGCUAUGUUAUUGACUGGAGAACCAUGGAGUGAUGAGCUGUUCAACUCCACCAGCAGUAAACAUGGCAGACUCACUCAGAGGAUCACAGAGAAGAUUUCAGAUGCCUUGGAGGAAUUAAAAGAAUUCAAGAGUGUAUCAGUACUGAACAUCAGGCCACAGCUGGAUCCCUUAAGUGGUGAUAAAGCAGUAUUGGUGGAAUAUGUUGUGUCCCUCCAGUCCAGCAGUGAAAAGAUCAGCAGUGAGACACUAGACUUCAUUCAUCUUCAAUCCAACAUGGUAGAGGGCACCUUUAGUUAUUUAGAGAGGCCCACUGUUCAGUACACCAUUAUUGACCUCCACCCUGACAUCACCGAGGCUCUGCAUGUGGAAAUCUCUCCAGAGGAAACCCAUCCUGCAGAAGAAUCUAUAGACCCUGACCACAAGGAUGAUAUUUUAGCAGUAGAAAAACCAUCCAAGCUGCCAGGAGAGGUGGUGCAGGAGGUCUUUACAGUUGGUGACCUUUUGGAUUCUACAAUGUCAGAAGAGGAAGACAUUCAAGACAAGGACUUGGUGUCACAGUUUCCUCCUAAUCAAACUCUUGCUGUGGAAGGUGAAGCUGUAGCUCCCUUUAUUGACACCAAGCUAGACUUUGACUUGAAAAUGGAUGACUUUGAUCUCGCUUCUGGAUCUGGUGCAGAAGACGAUUGGGUAACUGUUCUUACUAGGGCUCAAGAGCCAGAUGGAGAGACAGAGGGUAAGGAAGAGGUUUUAAGUGAUGUAGACAAACCACAGAUAGAGGACUAUGAAUUCUACACAAUUGCAACAGUGGUUGAAGAGGACCAGAUCUUGCCUGAGGAAACUCCUGAACUGAUAACUGUUAAAGCUGGAGAAGAUGGAAACCUACAGGUUGGUAGCAAUGUGCCCACAAUGCCACCAGUCAAAGUGGAUGAGGCAGAAUCUACCCUAAAACCCGAAGAAGACCUCAUACUACCCGAAGACAAGGAGGGAACUGUUUUAACAGAAAAGCAGAAGGAUGGGGAAACUGAAGUUACAUUGAUCACAAAGGAUGAAUCAGAAGGGGUUGAAGUAGAGGAAUUGGUAGAAUCUGUUGACAGUACCACAAUGGCACAUCAGAAUGAUUUCGUACUAACAGAUGGUUCAGCUAUACAGUUUUCAGAGGAAGUUCUAACAGAGGAUGAGAUCCUAUUGGUCACCAUUGAACCAGCAAGCCCAGUCUACCCAACACUUAUUUCACCUGAGAAAGAACCAGCCUUCUCCCUCAACCCCAUGAUAACCCCAGCGGAGGUUGAGUUGGUGCAUACCUUAAAUUCAGAAGUCAUGACUACAUUUCUAGAUGUGAUCCAUUACAAAGAGGUAGAGGGUAGUGGCAUCCCUGGUGUAAUCCAGGGCGGUGAGGUUUCCAGCAUUGUCUUGCCAACUAACCCUGGGCGGUCUUUGAUGGUGUUUUUCAGUCUUCGUGUAACCAACAUGAUAUUCUCUGAGGAUCUGUUCAAUAAGAGCUCUGCAGAGUACAGAGCCUUGGAGCAACAGUUCCUUGAACUGCUGGUACCAUAUUUGCAAUCAAACCUCAGUCACUUCGAGAACCUGGAGAUCUUGAACUUCAGAAAUGGAAGUAUUGUGGUGAACAGCCGAAUGAAGUUUGGGAAGCCUAUUCCUCGUGAAGUCAUUACUGCUGUUUACAUCAUUCUAGAGGACUUCUGCAACACCGCUUACCAGACCAUGAACCUCGCCAUUGACAAAUAUUCAUUGGAUGUUGAAUCAGGGCAACAGGCAGACCCGUGCAGGUUUCAGGCAUGUAAUGAGUUUGCUGAAUGCACAGUGAACCAAUGGUCAGGUGAAGCUGAAUGUGUGUGUAAUGCUGGUUACUUCAGCGUGGACGGACUACCCUGCCAGAGCAUCUGUGACCUUCAACAAGACUUCUGCUUGAAUCAUGGGAAAUGCGAUGUCAUUCCAGGCCAAGGAGCCAUCUGCAGGUGCCGUGUUGGGGAAAACUGGUGGUACAGAGGAGAACAUUGUGAAGAGUAUGUUUCUGAGCCACUCGUGGUUGGCAUUGCCAUAGCAUCUGUUGUCGGGUUCCUUCUGGUGGCGUCAGGAGUAAUCAUCUUCCUAGUAAGAACUCUGAGACACCAGUAUGAGAAGGAUGAAACGGAGGACCCAGUACGGGGAGAGGACAGCCCACCAUUUCUAGACAGAGCCACUAAGUAUAACCCCAUGUUCGAGAGUGAAUUCACUACAGGUUACAGCCAUUACUACCAGCAGUACCCCGGGCCCCUAGUCCACAGCAGCCCCAGUGCCGAGGCAUCCACAGAGUUCAGCAGCGAAGAGAUACGGCAUGUUUAUGAGAACAGUGAACUCACCAAGGAGGAUAUUCAAGAUCGUAUCCGGAUUCUUGAACUCUACACAAGAGAUCGUCAGUUUGCAGACUUUUUGAAGCAGCAUCAAAUAGCGAUGGAUAAUCAAAGGGAAAGUUCCUCCAAUAGUAAAUAACUGUCCAGUGUCCAAUAGCCUGCUGAGUGCAAAACAAUGAAGAAACUCGCGUUGUCUUUUGGGAAAUGGCACCUUAGUGAUUCCAGAGCAAUUUCUCUUCAGCCUCUCUGAGAUUUUACCAUCACAAAUCAAAAUGGCUACCAAUGGAUACUUCUUAAAAUAAGAUUCAAGGUAUUUUCUGUCACAGAACAGGAUCUUGGUCACAAAAAAUAUCCUUGUCAUUCAUUGAAAUGCUUUGUAAGUGCCUUCUAAUCUUAAAGCUGUGGCCCAUCUCUCAGACAAUCAAUCUUUGGUGUUAAACAAAAAAGAUCCUCGAUGCAUUAAUCCUGAAAGUUACUUGAAUCAUAGACCAUUAAUCUUGUAUUACCCUUUUAGUACAUUACUGUACCUUAACUGCUUCACUGCUUGUCAGAGAUUUCAAGCUAUUGUGUAUUAAAGUCAAAUCAGGCUGCUUAUUUUAAUUAUUUUUAAGACAUUUAAGAAGUUAACUUGUGGCCAUCUUGGAUGCAUCCGGGCAGCUAUUUUCUAUGUAGGUAUUAACAUUUAUACAAGUAGGCCUACAGCUCCUAUAUACUUGAAGAUUGACCAAAACCUACUUAAAUCAGUAGUAAAAUCGGACAGCAGUGGUUUUAUAGAUCUGCUUUAUAUGCUCAAAUCCCAGGGGGAAAACAAUACCUCUACAAAAAAGGUGAUUGGCUCUUUAACUGAAAUACAGACUUCCAUUCCUACAGUUGCCAUUUUGAGUUUUGCAUUUCCUUCUAUUUAUUUCUUUAAAGUGAGUGCAGCGUCACCUCCUUGUAAUAAUGGACAUUUGUAUGUAUUAUUAUUUAUUUUUGUACAUUAUUUACUGUAUUUAAAAUGGUAUCAGUUAAAGGGAUAGUUCAUCUACAGUAAAACUAAUAGUCAUCAUUUGCUUGCAUAAUUGAGUAAAUGAUUUGGCAGAAUUGUCAUAUUUAUGUGAUUGAUACCUUUGAUAUU